CAACAAUCAAUCAUACCUAACGCCUCCCAACGAUCUCGAAUUGGGCAAUCGUAUGCAGGCGCGCGUUUCGGAACGGACUGGUCGCCAAGUCUAGUGCAAAUUCCCGCCGCCGGUCGGUCCGUUCAGGUCAGAAUUGCUGUAGUAGUGACAGCCCGAGACAGUGACAGCGGCUGUGUGGUCACCUGCGUCGGGAGAGGGAUCUUUGGUAGAAUUGCGGCCGUCGUGAAAGACCCGGAGGCCGCUGCGCCUCGCUCUGGAUGCGCCGAUGGAGGAGUUGCGCAAAUAUGAGAUUACCGAUUCGACUAUCGAGCACAACGAUUGGAAAUUCCCGGAUAAUGUCAAGACCAGACCAUUGAGGCCUCUGGCUGACGAAGAAUUCUUGGUCAACCACAAGAUUGAUCGCAGUUACGAUGACAGCACUACCAAGCUAAAAUUACUGGUCGGCAGCGCCAUUGGGGCGAACAUCAAACGAGCAGAACUCGACUCGGGCAAACUCCCAUUCGACCCGGAGGUUGUGAAGAGCAUCACGCAGCAGAAAUGGAUUUCAGACGAGUACCUGCACCUAUGGAAUCGGGACGAAGGCGGUUCCGCUGCACUCAAGUCGGGCACAUUUCUGACAUUCAUUCUCCAAACACCACGUGAUCAAAAGGCCUUUUGUUCACUUUCACUGGUCAAUCGAGAAAAAUACUAUUGUGCCGGUCUCUUUAUUGCAGACGACACAUACAGUGUGAACUCCCUUCUCGCUUCUCAAAGCUAUGACAACCGACAGCUCAGGGCCCCCCGGGACUUUUCGAUCCUGCCUUUCAACAUCCUGAAGAAGCACAUAUCCCAAACUCUGGCGCAUACGCAGGAACUCUCACGAACGAUCAUCUCGACAGAGAAGAGAAUCAGCGAGGGUCGCAUCAAACUGGAGGAUAAUCAUGACUUCAAAUUGCUGAACAGACUCAACCUGGAACACGGCCGACUUCAAAGGCGAUCACAAUUUGAGAUUGAGCUCGGUACCAAUCUUCUGAAAUACCUGGACUCCUAUCAAGCGUUAUGGCAGUCACUCUGGGAAGGUGCUACCGAUUUCAUCGACGACAUGAAAGACAAAGUCGAGCAGCAAUUGCGGUACUCGGAUCAGGUCCGAAAAGAUCUGGAAAUGAUGCCGAGAAGAAUCGACAAUCAGUCCAAAGCGAUGUCGAAUUACAUCAUUCGUGAGGAUAACAGGCUCAACAUCGAAAUCGCCAAGAGCUCGCAGAAGAUUGCGGAACAGGCACGCACCGACAACAUGCUCAACUUGAGACUUGCCAAAGCGACUGCGCGCGUGGCAGAGGAGACGCGACAGGAUAGCUCAGCGAUGAAGACCCUCGCGCUCGUCACGCUAACCUUCCUCCCAGCAACGGCUGUCGCUUCCAUCUUCAGCAUGAAUGGCAUGUUCAAUUGGACACCUUCAGACGAUGAGCCGCUGGCAUCACCGUACCUCUACGUCUAUUUCGUGGUCACCAUUCCCGUGACCCUCAUAGUCUAUAUUGCAUGGGUAAUGUGGACCAAGUACAAAGAGAAACAGUACAGAGAACAAAGCGUCGACCUGGAAUUGGAUGAGAUUGAAAGGACCAUGAAGUUACGAAUGAGGACCAUGACAUUUUCA